AUGGGUAACAUCCUGAGGAGACGAAAGAAAGUGCUCAUUGAAGAGUUGGAGACGCUUUCUCAACAGAUGAAGGUUUUUCGCGAUGAUAUUGAAAAGACUGCUGAGGCUAAGCGGAUGAUUCUCUGGUACCUUACAUUGUCCACGUUUUUUCUCUCGUCGUUCUUCGUCGCGUAUGCUUGGAUUACUCUGAAACGAAAGGAUUACCAGGUUCUGUUCUCGGUACUUUCGUUUAUCGCUGGCUUAAUACUGCUCUGGUUUGGUAGAAGGAUUGCAAACGCCUUUUACAACUGGAGAAUAUCCCGAAAACGCCAGGGGCUUGAUGUUUUGGUCGCACGAAAAAAUAGUUUAUUGGAAGCAGUGAAGGAGACAGAAACUUUCAAGGUUGCCAAAGAAAUACUGGAGAAGUAUGAUCACGAAACGGUUAAAUCUUCGUCCCAACCUUCGAGCCAAUCAACUGAGAAGCGGUCUGCUGGAAAUCAACUUGACCAAUCGGGUACUCUGACGCAUAUGGACAAAGACUUGCUAGACUUCCCUUCCGUCAAAAAGCUCACGAGGAGUUUCGAGAGCAUUCCAACGGUUGAGACAAAGACCAUGAGAACUCUAGCCGUACGUUCCGAACUCAAACCCAUCCGCCCUUUCCAAAGGGAAAGCACUAGUAUGGUUGAUAAAAUUGUGGACUAUUUUUUCGGGGACGGACCCAGUCAGAGAUUUGCUUUGAUAUGUUCAAAUUGUCACGGACAUAAUGGUAUGGCUGUUCCUGCCGAGUACGACUAUCUCGCCUUCGUGUGCUUUAUUUGCGGGUAUUUUAAUCCAGCCAAGAAAUUCAGACCAGAUCACUUUCCAUCCACGCCUGUUCCAACAAUUUCUAGAGUCUCAAAACCAGCUGUGAAAUCAUUACGAAAACCUCAAAAUCCAUUCUUAAUCGUUCACACAACUUCACAUUUUUGCGAAGGAAUUCUAAAGAUGGUCAAGAUUUUUAAACAUUUCAAAAAUCCUAAACGCCACUUCACUUAUGUUGAAUCCUCUUUAAUAAAGGAGUAUCCGCGCUUAUUAGGCUGUGUUUUAAUGUUGAUCAUAGAUGCGUUAGCCAGAGGUGGUGCCCCGACCCUCUUCACUUUUGGACAGUUGGGGAAGAAACCACUUUCACUUUUGGGCGGUUCGCGAAGGGAUCCUCAUCACUUGAACUGCACCCCAUGA